CUUCUUUAAAAAGAAGAACCUUUGAAUUGUAACGGCUGAGCUCUAGGGAGGAUUCGGCGGCCCGGGGUCGGAGGCGUGAUCCUGCUGGCAUCAUGGACAGAUCUAAAGAAAACUGUGUUUCAGGGCCCGUUAAGGCUACAGUUCCACAUGGUGAAGGUCCAAAACGUGUUCUGGUCACUCAGCAUAUUCCUUCUCAGAACCCGUUGACUACAAGCAGUGGCCAGGCUCAGCGGAUCUUGUGUCCUUCAAAUUCUUCCCAGCGUGUUCCUUUGCACGCACAAAAGCUCGUCUCCAGUCAGAAACUGGGACAGAAGCAAUUGCAGGCAGCCAAUAUACCUCGUCCUGUCUCCCGGCCAGUGAACAACACCCAGAAGAGUGAGCAGUCCCAGCCAUCAGGGCCUGGAAAUAAUCCUGAAAGGGAACUGGCAUCAAAACAGAAAAAUGAAGACUCAAAGAAAAGGCAAUGGACUUUGGAAGAUUUUGACAUUGGUCGCCCACUGGGUAAAGGAAAGUUUGGCAAUGUUUAUUUGGCAAGAGAAAAACAAAGCAAGUUUAUUCUGGCUCUUAAAGUGUUAUUUAAAGCUCAGCUGGAGAAAGCAGGAGUGGAGCAUCAGCUCAGAAGAGAAGUAGAGAUCCAGUCCCACCUCCGGCAUCCUAAUAUUCUCAGGCUGUAUGGCUAUUUUCAUGAUGCCACCAGAGUUUACCUAAUUCUAGAGUAUGCACCGCUUGGAACAGUCUAUAGAGAACUUCAGAAACUUUCCAAGUUUGAUGAGCAGAGAACUGCUACUUACAUAACUGAAUUAGCAAACGCCCUAUCUUACUGCCAUUCAAAGAGAGUUAUUCAUAGAGACAUUAAGCCAGAGAACCUGCUUCUUGGAUCAACUGGCGAGCUUAAGAUUGCAGAUUUUGGGUGGUCAGUACAUGCUCCAUCCUCCAGGAGAACCACUCUCUGUGGCACCCUGGACUACCUGCCCCCUGAGAUGAUUGAAGGCCGGAUGCAUGACGAGAAGGUGGAUCUCUGGAGCCUUGGAGUUCUUUGCUAUGAAUUUCUAGUUGGGCAGCCUCCUUUUGAGGCAAACACACACCAAGAGACCUACAGAAGAAUAUCACGGGUUGAAUUCACAUUCCCUGACUUUGUGACGGAGGGAGCCAGGGACCUCAUUUCAAGACUGUUGAAGCAUAAUCCAAGCCAGAGGCCAACUCUAAGUGAAGUACUUGAACACCCCUGGAUCACAGCAAAUUCAUCAAAGCCACUGAAUUGCCAGAAAGGCAAAGAGUCAACUAGCAAAUAAUCAUAAUCGUGCAGGGAGAGAAGUGUUGAACCAGGGCUGCUAUAUAGUCUUCAGGAACAUGCUGCUGAGACUCGUCUGAGUACCUACUUGCCUUUGACCUAAAGAGAGCACUAUGGGAAAUGUCACUUGUCCUGCUGAGCAUGCAGUGCCUCAGCCUCCCUGCCCAGAGAGCUCCACUAUAGUAACCACACCCUUCAGAGGGAAAGCAGCCACAAGUCGUGCUGGUUUUACGGGUUUCGCCUGUAGCUGUACCCACAGCUGUGCCAGGCAAGGUGGCCUUGCAGGAGACAGACUGGGAGUCUGGUUGUGAAGAAAAGUGACCACUUUGCCCUGAGUCGGCUAAGGAGCUGUAUAGCAACCUUCAAGUACCUGAGUGUCUGUGUUAACUUAUUGGGUGGUCAAGCCUGGGAAAGCUGUUGGAAUGAAUAUGUGACUUCCUUUUAAAUGUUAAAAUAAAGGUUUUUAUAUGGUUUUUUCCUUCCAUGGCAUCCCCUUA